AUGCUGUCUCACUCAUCUCAGUUGUGUUCUUUAUGGAUUGAAUCCGCACGUGUGAUUCGCUUAGACCAUUGUCGCUGCCCGGGUAGGCUUGUUUCAACAGGGCUGGGAGUAUCUUCGGAAAUAAGGAAAACAAAUUUGAACGGAAAAAGUUACACCUUGGACCCUGUGGAAAUGGAACCUGUCUUUGGCGUAAAUCGUGCUUCCGAUUUUUCAGAAAAGGGAGGUUUAUGUUCUACUAAUGAAACAAAUGAAAAAAAUGUUUUGUUGAGUGGUGGGGAUAUAGUAUCGCGCAACCAAAAAGAAGUUGAUAAAGUGGAGCGUGUUGCGCUAGUGGCGGAAAAGGAACAUGAGGAGGAAGAACCAUUAGCAAGAAAUUUGCACAACACAAUAGGCCCCACACCGUAUCGAGUCUCAUGGUAUGACUAUGGCUCUGUCAGUCCUUCCAAGCGUUUUACUUAUUGGGCCUAUCGUCGCCUAAAAGAACUGCCGACUGAUUGGCAGGAAUAUUACCGUCGUAUGUUGUACCAAGAAAUUAGUGCAGCGCGUUAUGUUAACCAAACCUGGGACUGUUUUAUGAUGGUUGUGGAUGGUUACCGAAAGGCAAAGUGGAUCCUAAAGAAGUACGGCAUUUCCAUUGAUGAGAGUCUGAUUCCAAAGCCUUACAAUAAUUUUUGGGAGGAAACAACGCAUGAGGAACGUGUAUGGGCUCACCGACGUUCUCAUCAGAUGAAGGAGCUUCAGGCUCUUUACCGGGAUGAAGAUGAACUUGUGUUUGGAGCACAUACGAUGGAUCGCCGAGAGGUUUCACAUGGAUCAAUAAAAAACGUUCAAACAGGUAUGCAGGGAGGGACCCCAGUACAUGCGCUUGAUCUACCGGCUCCCUGCGAGUCUGAGAUAAAAACAUCACCCCAAAUAGAAGAUAUGAGCAGUGCUCUAAUGUCUAGUAUAGAAGAUGACAAGCUCUGGAAUCCAGUUUUACGUUCUCGCAUUCAUACCCGGCGUUCGAGGGAAGAAGUUGAGUUGUAUUCGUUUGAAGACGAUGAGGAGGAUGAAAAUAGCCCUAGUUAA